AUGCAAAAUUGCAACGUACACAUUUUGGAGCCAUUGCGCAUAGGCACGCCUAAAUACGUCUGUACAUGCCGUUGUGUCGAUCCCGAAAAUUGGCCAGAAAAGCCCUACCUGGCAGAUGCCCAGACAGCUGUGACUAGCAGGCAGCACAGCAAAGUUAUUUUAGCGCUUUCAUCUGAGGGUUGGGAACGCUUGUGUACUUUAGCCUCGAGGCGAGCAAGUCGAUCGAAGGCUAAGACGCCAACUCCUUUUUCGUCCAGUCCGUUCUCCAAUCUGUUUGCUUCCCGAGAUCACGCUCUCUGGCUCUCUUGGCCGCCAUUUGCCUCGCCCCAGCAACAGACAGCUAGCGGUAAAUCACAGCCAUUUGAUUGGCCUAGAUGGUUGCCCAAUCAUGACACGAAGCGUUCAAGGAUGUCUUCAUAG